GAGCUCCAAGGCUGGAUCCGCCCCUGUCACAGUGUUGGAACACGGCCCUCUGACCUCACCCUGCGCUCGCGCUGCCAGCUGGCUGCGUUAUCUCCAAUCGAUCGAUCCAUCGAUCAUUCUGAGCGACCAGUAGCGACUCUUUGAUGCAGUGUGGAUCCAGAUGAGCGGCGACCGGCCUCCUCCAUAUGGCCCCCCAGCCCCCGGUGGACCCUCGGCCCCCGGCUGGCCAGCAGGCUUUGUUGCUCCGCCCACCAUGUUCCCAGGAUCACCUUGCCAGGCCUAUCCUGCUCAGGUGUACGCUGGUGGAGGAAACCCUUCUGGCCCCGCCUACUACCAGGGGCCGCCAGGAGCCUACAUGACCCAGCCAGGGUACCAGAGCUACCAAGGUGGACCGUACGGGGCUUCGAACCCCUGGGAAGGGUCAAAGGGAGGUCACAUGUCAGCCCCACCCCCCCAGAACACAGUCUACGUGGUGGAGGAGAGAGGACGGGAUCACCACAGCAGUGGGCGUGGCCUGGACGCAUGUCUGGCAGCAUGUUCGGCUGCUUUGUGCUGCUGCUGCCUCUGGGACAUCUUCACCUGAUCAUCUCUGAUCCCCCAGGUCGCCUCUGAUCCCCCCCAGUCGCCUCUGAUCACCUCUGAUUCCCCCGGUCGCCUCUGAUCACCUCUGAUCUCCCCGGUCGCCUCUGAUCCCCCCCGCUCGCCUCUGAUCACCUCUGAUCCCCCCUGGUCGCCUCUGAUCACCUCUGAUCCCCCCCGGUCACCUCUGAUCACCUCCUGUCACCUCUGAUCCCCCUCUGUCGCCUCUGAUCCCCCCCCCCGGUCACCUCUGAUCUCCCUGGUCGCCUCUGAUCAUCUCUGAUCCGCCCUGGUCGCCUCUGAUCCCCCCCCCCGGUCGCCUCUGAUCUCCCUGGUCGCCUCUGAUCACCUCUGGUCCCCCCAAUCACCUCUGAUCACCUCCUGGUCACCUCUAAUCCCCCUCUGUCGCCUCUGAUCGCCUCUGAUACCCCCCGGUCACCUCCUGUCGCCUCUGAUCCCCCUCUGUCGCCUCUGAUCACCUCUGAUCCCCCCCGGUCGCCUCUGAUCCCCCCAAAAAGCUAUUAAUGUUUAUAAAUGUGUUUAAUUCAAUAAAAAAGUUUAAUCACAAAGUGUUGCUAUGGUUACGGUCAAACAAACAUUCUAAUUGCCAAAAAAAUAUAAACAUAAGAGUAUUGUCAACAUAAAUGUAACCGUGAUGACUAUGAACUAAUUAAUUUAGAAAUAAAACAUGACGUUAACUAAAAUGGA